GAACAAUCCUAGCCUUUCCGCUUGGUUUCGAUGCGCAGUCUGAGCAACUUGCAAGCCUUAUAGGUUAUCGUUUUCUGUGACCCCCUCAAAGCUGACCAGUGCAAAAGUUGUCCCCAUAUUUAAGCAUUUGUCUUUGCUUCGGGAUUGAGUUUUAUUCUUGCUUUCUGAUUGCAGAAGCUGACAUUACUCACAGCCUAAUUUAAUACACGUUAACCGGAAGGCAAAAAAGGGAAGUCGUUACAAAACUGGCUCGCGUUCUGCAAAAACCUUUAUUUAGAGGAAGUUGCAAUGGUUUUUAAACCACAGCUUUUUAAUGCAGAUACGCGGAACUUGUGUGAAUAUUUAGAAAGGACAGUGUGUUUAGCAAGUGGAAAGCGCAGAAAGUGGACUUAAAGGAAAACGGAGCAGCAUGGGGGAAUCCUCUAUCCGGCACAUCGAGCUUUUGGGCUAUGAGAAGCGCUUUGUUCCCAAUCAGCAUUAUGUGUAUAUGUUCCUGGUGAAGUGGCAAGACCAGACUGAAAAAGUUGUCUACAGAAAAUUUACAGAAAUCUAUGCAUUCCAUAAACAUUUGAAGGAAAUGUUCCCAAUUGAGGCUGGGGACAUUAAUGCCAAGGACAGAAUCCUUCCAUAUCUACCUGCUCCUGGCUGGUUUGAUGGCCAAAAGAGUACUGAGAACAGACAGAGCACAUUAGCAGACUACUGCCAUGCAAUGGUGAAUCUACCUGCCAAGAUCGCACAUUGUGCACAUGUUCUUAACUUCUUCCAAGUUACACCAGAGGACGUGAACCCCCCAGCAACCCACCCGUCAAAGAAGACAGAAACAUACAUGGUAACAAAAGAUGCAACUCGAAAAAAUGUGUCUGAGAUCACAGGUCCAGUUAUACUUCAGACCUAUAGGGUGAUUGCGCCAUAUAAGAAGAACUCCAAGUACGAGCUAGAACUAAAAGCAGGCGACAUGGUAGAUAUCGUAGAGAAAAAUGAAAAUGGGUGGUGGUUCUGUCAGCUGGAGAAUAAACGUGGCUGGAUACCUGCUUCUUAUUUAGAACCACUGGAUAGUCCUGAUGAAUCAGAAGACCAGGAGCCCAACUAUGCAGGGGAAAUGUAUAUUGUUACAACUGCUCACACUGCAGAACAAGAGGAUGAAAUAACCUUAGAGGAGGGAGAUGAAAUUGCAGUUAUCCAUAAACUUUUGGAUGGUUGGUGGGUUGUAAGGAAAGGCUUUGCCACUGGUUACUACCCAUCCAUGUAUCUUCAGAAGUCGGGGUCAACAAGGGCACAAGUGGACCAGAAUAUGUUUACAAGCAAAUCAGCUCCUCCUCCAAGAAGGUCUACAAUCAGAAAUGUCCAGAGCAUUCACAAACAGGCCAGGAAACAAAUCCCUCAGGAGACUUACCGACGAAACAGUAGAAAAUACCUCCAAGACCCACCUAACAAGGACAAGAUGGAACAGAGAAGGAAAAAAUAUGUGCAGUUUAUGACAGAGUCAGUACCUGAGGAGGACUCCAAACAAGAGACUGUCCAACCCCAGCCUGUCAUCCCACCGCGACCAAGCAGAGAACUGAUAAUGGCACGCUGUACAGAGCACACGAGGAGGAAGUUAGCAUCUGCAAACUGAACAAGGGUGGAACAGGGCCAUGCUCACUCACUGUUAGAAAGGAUAGCAUCUACUUUGCUUCACAUGACAGACAUUUUUUUAAGGGAGGGGGGUAAUUUUGAUCUGAAGAUAACAUAAUACUAGUUUGUCAUAUUUCAGCAUCCUUGAUAUCAGUAUGAUGGUGGAACAUAGCCAUAUAAGCAGAAACAGGUGGAAAAUGAUACAUGAAACUCUGUCUACUGUAUGGGCAUCACAAUCAUAGAGUAUAAUAACAGAUCUUUAAGAAGGAUGUAAUGGUCCUUCUCAAUUGGAAAUUAACUUAGGCUUUUGUGCAGCCACAGGCUACAGAGUGAACAUCCAUCGCCUCCUUUUGUGUAUUUUAAAUUGUGUCUAUCCCAGAAAUAUUACUGUGGAGUGACAUUCUGGUAAACAAACUUGAAUUUCUUUUUAAAACUGUUUGAUGAUUUUAUAAGAAUUAUUUGUAUUUAUGAUAUGUAGAUAUUUUAUUAAACUAAGUAUAAUGACCUCAGUAAGGUAGUUGGAACUCUUAAAUAAAAAUCAAAUCAUAAUGCCU